UUUCUACUUGAGGGGUUAAUUUUCCCAAGCCGAAGAAUUUGUUGGAGAAGGAGCGGAAUAUUGUUGGCAACUCUUUUGCUCCGGAUGGUUGCACCAUGUCGAGGCGCAAGCAAGCCAAACCGCAGCAGAUCAACUCCGACGAGCCCGGUCCGUCCCAAAAUGGGAUUUCUCCCGGCGAUGGGAAGGAAUCUGCAAAUGAAGGGAAGAGAUUCCGAGUGGACGAGCCCAGGGUCUGCAACAAGUGUUGUGCCGAGUUCUUUGAUGAAGCAGAAUUUCUUGAACACGAGAAGAAAUGCACCAAAAGUCAGCAAGUGGUCAUCAUGAAAGACGGAGAUGGCAAUGAAGUGCCUGAGGAAUAUUCUCAGGGAUCUCCCGAAGGCCUUACCAGUGACCACGACGACAGCCAGUCCAGCAGCCAUUCCCAAUCGAACGUCAACACAGACCACCUGGAAAGAACGGAGGACGACUCGAGCAUGAAUGCAGAGGACUCGGGACAGCAGGAUCACACGGAAAUGCCUCUUAGCCCUGAGAUGACUUUCCGCCCCCCACUGAAAAUGCAAAAUUCAAAUGUCACUCUUGAAACCAUGGCAGACACCAAAGUGGCGGUCUCCCAGCAUUACUCAAACAUUACAUCUCUGACCUCAUCGCAAGAGGUCCUGCAGUCCAUCCCGAUCAUCUUGGAGAAGUUGGUGUUCCUCCAGCAGCAGCAGCUACAGCAAAUCCAGCUCACAGAACAGAUCCGAAUCCAGGUAGCCACAAUGACUCCACAGGGUCUCCAGGCAUCGGUCGGGGACACGAUGGACCCUUUGAAAGCCCUCGGUGCACAUCUCUCUCAACAGCUGUCUGCUGCAGCGGCUCUGAUAGGAAAAAGGACCGGCAGUCAGAGCCUUUCUGACCAGACCAUGAAGCAAGGCAAACGACCGCUGACCGCUGGCAUCCCUACCUCUCUACCCGGAGGACUGGAAUCUAUGACUCCUAAAACAGACAUUUUGAAGGGCCUACCAGAUCCAGCUAGCCGCUUACCAGCACAACUGCCACAGUCCCCAGGUGUCAUGGGUUUCGCCAGCGCCUUCAAUGGUACCCAGUCGGGGAUCGAGUCCUCCAAAAAAGUGACGCCAAAGAUGCUGAGCCCCCCGCCAGAAUUAAAGAACGCAGACUCAUUAUACAAGCACAAGUGUAAGUACUGCGGGAAGAGCUUUGGCAACGACAGCGCUCUCCAGAUUCACUUGCGCUCUCACACCGGUGAGAGGCCCUUCAAGUGUAACAUUUGCGGAAACCGCUUCACAACCAAAGGAAACCUCAAAGUGCAUUUCCAGAGGCACAGGGACAAGUAUCCUAACAUUGGCAUGAACCCACAUCCUGUGCCAGAGCAUCUUGACAACAUCCCCACCAGCAGCGGCAUUCCCUUUGGCAUGUCUAUGCCCAUAGACGAGUCAAAUAUGACCGACGUUAAGCCUACGCUGGGUCAUCCUGCUGCCGGCUUCCACCCGUCACCCGCACCAGGAUUCAAGACGACGUUUGACAGCUUCGCAGGGGACCCAUUUUCUCAGAGACCCUCCCCAUCAACAAGUAAUGGCUCCCCAUCUGUUUCCUCUAUUGUCAUUGGCCAAGAAAGGGGAGUGGAACCCAUUCUGAGGGAUGCUAAAGAACUGCUUGGAGCGCUGCAUCAUAUGACUGGCAAUGCCCUCAUGGGAGAACACAGCUCUGGAACCGCAAAACUUCAGCAGAUGGUGGACGGCCUGGACAAGAGGACCAGGGACCCCAACGAGUGUGUGAUCUGCCAUCGAGUGCUCAGUUGUCAGAGCUCACUCAAAAUGCAUUACCGCACGCACACUGGCGAGAGGCCCUACAAGUGCAAAAUCUGUGGCCGCGCGUUCUCCACCAAGGGUAACCUGAAGGCCCAUUACGGGGUGCACAGGGCUAACACUCCGCUUAAAAUGCAGCACUCAUGUCCCAUCUGCCAGAAGAAGUUCACCAAUGCCGUGGUUCUGCAGCAGCACAUUCGUAUGCACAUGGGCGGGCAGAUCCCCAACACCCCGUUGCCAGAAUCCCAGUUCGAAGGAGAGGAAGCGAUGGAGUCCUCUCUGUCAGAGGAGCAGUCUAUGGAUAUCAAUGCAUUUGAAGCGAGCUUGGAGGAUCAUGAGCCAGAGGUGAACUCCCAGAAGCCAAACGACGCCUCGGAUUCCCUCCCACCCGCCUCUGAGGAACAGCCGCCGAAGCAUGCCGCUCCCGCCAGUUUUUCCAGCCUUCACGUUUUGAAGAAUCUCACCUCCGCUCUCGCACUGACACGACAGAGUAGCACCGCUUCGGAAAGCGAGGGAACAUCCAAAGAAUCUUCAUUGGCUCCCAGAGAGCAGGAAUAUCAAAACGGCCGCAGUCCUGCCAUUUCUGACUCUGCCAUGUCGUUUCACUCCUCUUCCCCACUGAACGGCAACAUGAGUAUUGGCAAGUCUCCCGAGUCUGCUGUUGAUGAAUUUGCCCACGGUGUGACUAAACUAGAGUCUGAUUUUGGUGCUCAAGGUGGCACCGAGUCCAGCGGGGCCCUUGACCUCACCGCUUCCAGCAGCUUCACCCCCAAAGCGAUCAAAGAAGAGCCCGGCAUGCCAUUCACAAAUGGAGAUUAUGUUCCCGGUAAUAUGACCUUCAUGAGGAUGCCGUCGAGUCUGGCCAGCCUGGAGAUGAAGCUUCCUCCCGAGAAUCCCAUGGGCCCUCACGGUUUGUUCAGCUCCCACAUGCCUCAGGGAACCGCCAUGCCCUCCUCCAUCUCCAGCACACCGCGACGAUCAUCCAAACAGCACGUGUGUCACGCCUGCAGCAAGAACUUCUCAUCCGCCAGCGCCUUGCAGAUCCACGAGCGCACUCAUACAGGGGAGAAGCCUUUCGCCUGCAAUGUCUGUGGCAGGGCUUUCACCACCAAGGGAAAUCUGAAGGUGCAUAUCGGCACUCACAUGUGGAACAACACGUCGCGGCGCGGCCAGCGCCUGUCCCUGGAUAACCCUAUGGCGCUGAUGGCGAUGAGCUCUGAGGCUAAGAUGUUGCCAGAGAUCCUGCAGGCCCCCAAAGAACUGGGGGUUCCACCAAUUAACUUUGACCAGUCUCUGUGGAAUCAGUACGCUUCCGCCUUUAGCGGGGGCCUCACCAUGAAGAACAAUGAAAUUUCCGUCAUCCAGGGAGGUGGCAUCCCGCUCCCCGGGAGUCCUGCCGGUGGGCCUCUGAUUGGAUCCACCGGAGGCCUCAUGAAGAUGGAUGGGUCCCACGCCGGCUUGCCCACCACCAUGGCAGAAAUUGAGAAGACCAGUUCUGACAGCGUGCCAAAAUCUCAGUUCCCACAUUUCAUGGAGGAGGGUAAAAUUGCAGUUAACUAGGUUUUUUUGUUUUUUUUUGUUUUUUUUACCACCUGAACUCAGUUUUUGAAUGAGGUACAAUCAAUAUUCGCAGAGAACCUUGUAGAAUGUGCUUAGAUUGUUUGAAUUUUUUCCAGUAACUUCAUCGCAGCUCUCUCUUCAUUCUAAGUGUUAUUUUUAGUUGAAAUUGAUAUAACUACUGUAGUUGUAUUUGAUGUUUUACUUUAUAUAAAUAUAUAUGCGGGUAUUUCUUUCUUUUUACCUUUUGUUCUGUUUUGCUGUCUAUCCAGAAGUUUGGAUGUCUAACUUACUUGAAACUGCUUUAAUUCAGGCUGUCUGCUCGAUACUUUUUCUUUUUUUUUUUUUUUGAAGGAUUUUGACUUUAAUAGGAAGUUUCAGGGCAUGGCUUUUUUAAGGACACCCUGUCUCAGUGUUCAGAAAUAAUGGUGUAGUUAACGUGUGUCUCUAAAAUGACUACUUUCCCUCCUAUUGUGCCAUAGGUUUUAUGACGUUGUACAUUUUUGUAGUGGCAAAUGUCAUUAGCAUGUCUCAUUGUGAAGGGGGGUUUUGAUCCGACUGACGGAUUAUUCCGGUGUCUUGUCCAUUAAAUCAAGGUGCAACAGUUCACUCAUCGGUUUUCGGAUAAUGUCGGUGACAAAAUAGUCCAUCAUUGUUGCAUCAGUGCUAAGAUACAGUAGGUAAUGACUCAGACCUCUUUGCCAAGUGCCUAAAAUGAAUUGUACAAUGUUGCUGUUGUCUUUCACUGCACCAUAAAUUUGUUAUGAAGGCUCUGUUAGACUGAUGGAUUAGUGUGUUGAACCGUAUAACAUUGUAGCAUUGAAGUUCAUGAAAUCAAUUUCUCCCCCCCCCCAAAAAACAUAUUCCACUUGUAAAUCUGCAGAUUCAAACUUAGUUGGCUGAGAGCUGAAGGCUAUUAUAUGCUUAAUGAUCUCAUGCCUGCACUUUAUUUCAGGUUUGAGGACGUUUACAUAUUAUAGUUCCACGUCAGUUUUUUAUUGUGACGGCUGAACGGGGGAAAGGGCAAAUCAACAAUUUUGUAAACUUUCCCUUCCUGUCAGAUUUUGUGUGAAACAACCAAUCGUCAGAACUUUUUCUUUCUAGGUUAUCGUAUCGACUGUAGCGUCAUUUAUUUAUAAUUCACAAAAUGCUUGAGUUUAGGGGGUGCGUUCUACCUCGUUUAGAUUUUAGUUGUCCUCCUUGCCCCCGACGCUCAACGCAAUGCUCUGUACAUUUUCCGAUACAUUCUCGGGUAUACGAUUAGAGUUUCAUCCUCAACCUGCUGAGUUGAACAGUAAUGAAUGUAUCACUGGACACUUUGCACAACUCAGAAUGGUCAGAGUACUUUGUAGGCCCCUGCUGUACAUUCCUUAUCGAUACGCAUUUGCCAAGUUGUGCCUUUCUUUAGCAAACCAUGUCAAAACUGCUUUAAAGUUGGUCUCUGCAAUUCAAGUGAUGUUGAGCCUGUUUACAAUGUAAAUUGUUUUUUUGUUCUUCAAAUGUUUCCUACACCUAAAUAUUUUCUGAUUUUUGAAAAAUAAAAUCAG